CUACUCACAUCUCCACAAAUUAAAACAUUCUUCCAUAGUUUCUUCUUCGAAUUACAUUACUCAUAUAAUCUUCCCAUUAAGAGAAUUUUCAAUCCUAAAAAAGUCAUGGGUGUUGUUAGCUACUCUAUGGAGGUCUCCACCUCGAUCUCGCCGGUCCGGAUGUUCAAAGCCUUUGUCCUCGAUGACAAACUUGUCGCCACCAUCCUCCCGCAGGCUAUCAAGAGCGUCGAGACUGUUGAAGGCGAUGGUGGGCCCGGGACUAUCAAAUUGGUACACUUCGGUGAUGGUGGGCCCGGGACUAUCAAAUUGGUACACUUCGGUGAUGCCAGCACGUUCAACUCAGUGAAGCACCGGGUAGACGAGCUGGACAAGGAGAAGCUGAGGUACAGCUACACGAUCAUUGAGGGGGAUGCCUUGAUGGGUGCGCUCGAGAAGAUCACGAAUGAGCUCGAAUUCGAGGUGGGGCCCGACGGCGGAUGUGUCUGCAAGAACACCAGCAAGUACUAUACGAAGGAGAGUAUUGAGAUAAAGGAGGAGCAGAUCAAGGCCGGGAAAGAGAAAGCCAUGGUAAUGUUCAAGGCCAUCGAAGCCCACCUCUUGGCCAAUCCAGACUCCUAUAACUAAUUAUUCUCCUCGGUUACCGAUUUCCCAUCGUAUCAUUUAUUUGGAGUACUGUAUUUUCGGGUUUAUUAUGUCAAUAAGCGAUGUUCGAUUUUCUGUUUGCUCUUGAAACGUGAGUUGGUGUUGCACUUGCAAAUACUGCAAUAUAUAUACAUAUAUACAGUACUGUGGAAAGCUUA